AGUUUCACACUCCCUUCUCCCUCCACCCAUGCUCCUCUGAAGAACCUCCAUCGUCUUUCACUUUUCAAAAACUUGUACACAGUUCUCUCGUUCAAACCCUAACUCAGGGUUUUUUGGUCCUCAUUGCUCGCAUUAUUUACUCUGAUACUCCUCUCUGUUUGUACCAGUGACUUAGUCAGACGUCUAAUUGCAUUUUGGAGAGCUGAAUUGGUCGACUGAGGCAUGGGAUUUGCGUGAAAUAGGGGAUGUUGUCGGGGAAAGAGGUGGAAUCUAGAUGGGAGUGGCCAAGUCGUGGAGAUUCAGCUUGAUAUCGGCGAACCUGGCGCUGUUACAGCAGCAAAACGGAUACAAAAACGGGGGCAGUAACAAGCAAAAUGUAUGUUGGAGGUGGAAGUGGCGGUGGAGAUCUUCAUCGUCGCAUUUGCAGAGGAGGAAGAUCUCAUGGCCGCUGGUCUGUGGAUUGAUGCUGUUUGUUUUGGGCUUGAUUUCGCUAUUCACAGGCCACUUGGCCUCUGAUCUCGAGUGGUACUCACCGGGAAUAGUCAAGCGCAGCAUAUUCCCAAUAUCGGAUGGAGCUCGUCGUGAGUCAAUUGAUAUUUGGAAAUCAAAGUACUCAAAGCACUUCUAUGCUUGCAGUGAAAGAGGCCCCCGUUUUGCACCUGCUGUGCGUGAACGAUCAUCAAAUGGCUAUUUGCUGAUUGGAACAAGUGGAGGGCUGAACCAACAAAGAACCGGAAUAACAGAUGCGGUAGUUGUGGCAAGGAUACUUAAUGCUACAUUAGUUGUACCAGAGUUGGAUCAUCAUUCCUAUUGGAAGGAUGACAGCGACUUUGUCAACAUAUUUGAUGUUGAUUGGUUCAUUGCAUCCCUUGCAAAAGAUGUGACCACAGUCAAAAGAGUUCCUGAUAAAGUCAUGCGAUCAAUGGAUAAACCUCCAUACAGCAUGCGUGUCCCAAGAAAAUCAUCCCCUGAAUAUUACAUUGAUCAAGUUCUGCCAGUACUAUUGAGAAGACAAGUUGUGCAGUUGACUAAGUUUGAUUUCAGACUUGCAAAUGAUCUUGAUAAAGACCUGCAGAAGCUGCGUUGCCGUGUUAACUACCAUGCAUUAAGAUUUAGAAAGCCCAUAAGAGUACUUGGUCAGAGACUAGUCAUGAGUAUGCGACAGAUGGCCAAACGUUACAUUGCAGUUCACUUGAGGUUUGAACCCGAUAUGCUAGCAUUUUCGGGAUGUUACUAUGGUGGCGGUGAUAAAGAGAGAUACGAGCUUGGGGAAAUAAGAAAAAGAUGGGCAACAUUACCAGAUUUAAGCGCUGAUGGAGAGAGAAAGCGAGGGAAAUGUCCGCUUACUCCUGAAGAGGUGGGAUUAAUGCUGAGGGCACUUGGUUUCACAAAUGAUACAUUCCUCUACGUUGCAUCUGGUGAAAUCUAUGGAGGAGAAAGGACUCUACGACCCCUCAGAGAACUCUUCCCCAACUUCUAUACAAAGGAAAUGCUCGUUAAUGAAGAACUGAAACCUUUUCUAUCUUACUCUUCACGCCUAGCUGCCAUUGACUACAUUGUCUGUGAUGAGAGUGAUGUUUUUGUCACUAAUAAUAAUGGAAAUAUGGCCAAGAUUCUUGCAGGUCGAAGGAGGUACAUGGGCCACAAGAGGACAAUCAGACCCAAUGCAAAAAGGCUCAGUGCAUUGUUUAUGGCAAGGGACCAGAUGGAUUGGGAUACAUUUGCUAAAAAGGUUAAAUCAGGCCAGAGAGGAUUCAUGGGAGAGCCAGAUGAAAUUAGGCCAGGACGAGGUGAGUUUCAUGAGUAUCCACAUCCAUGUAUCUGCAAGAAACCAUUCAGCAAUGAAGGAGAUCGCUUCACCAAAGGCAAAAGGAGCGUGCAAAGACUGAAGAAGGGAAGCAAGAGCAAGGCACUAAUAUCUGAAGAAUAUAACGAAGCUGACGAGUUAUUUGCAGACUAAAAUUAAUUUGGCGUAAAAUUAAGACGGUGAAGGAUGACAUGGAACCGGUAAUUUAUUUUAUCCGAGAUUGAGAUGAGAAUUAGUUCACCAGCAUGACCUCGCAUUGUUGCAGCAGAAAAGUCUGAACAGCCUGUGUUUAAAGCUGAAGCCUGCUCAAAUAUGGCAUCCGUUAAGUACCUCCGGCUGGCAACGAUUAAUUAGCAUAUGUACAGGUGAUAGGCAACCUUAUGCUUUAUGAAUGUUCAUAAAUACUUUUGGUAAGCGGCAUUGAGGUUCUUUCAUGAGUAGAUAUAGGCUCAAUCCAACUUUACUUUUCUAUUUUUCUCCCUUUCUCCGUCUAUGCAUGCACAAGACUGGCAAAAGACGCAAUUUGCCUACUUGAGUUUUUUCUCUUUU